AUGACAUAUGGAUUCCAAAUUACAGGUGUUGGUCCUGGAAACCCAGCUCUCAAUGUCAGCCUUACUUCGUGUGAUCGCAUACAAGUUUCUGGCUAUUCCAGAACCGAAUUAAGGAAAUAUGCCUACUCUUUUAGGCUUAACUUGGCUCCAUUGGUGACUGUCCCUGAGAGGCUACACAGCAAAAUUCAGGUUUGUGUUCACCGGAAUGCUUCACUUGGAAUGUGCCAGUGUGAGAAAGCUGAUUGGAAAAAUCUUCAUAGGGGAUCCUGGAGCUCUGUCAUGUCCCCAUAUGAUAAUCAAUACAUUGAUGUGAAAUUCGGUGGUACAUCGACGGGUUCAGUUACCAUCUCCAUUGCACAAGAUUUUCAGCAAUGGCGUAUUCUUUGCCUUGUGGCUGGACUGGUCGUGAUCUUGGUAGCACCAGUUGUCAGCAGCUGGCUUCCAUUUUACUAUACCAGUUCUAUGGCGGUUGGGGUUUUUCUCGUCGUGCUGAUUAUUAUUUUCCAGGUUAUGAAGCUAUUGCCUACUGGGAGGAAAAAUAUUAUGUAUCUUGCAUUCUAUGGAUCUGUGGUUGGGGCUGGAUCAUUCAUUCUACAUCAAUUCUCAAUGAUGGUGAAUAUGAUUCUUGUCAGUUUCGGGCUGAGCGAGGACAUGUAUAAUCCAGUUGCAAUUCUCGUGCUUGUGGGAAUAGUCAUUACCGGAGCUGCUUUCGGAUUCUGGACGGUGAGGAAGUUUGUUAUUUCGGAAGAUGGAGGUGUGGAUACCAGUGUUGCCCAAUUUGUGAAAUGGGCGAUGCGUUCUGUUGCCGCCACAUUUAUCUUUCAGAGCACUCUGGAUACCCCUUUGGUGAUGGGAGCUUUUGCUUCAGCUAGCUUGCUCGGUUUUCUUUUCAGCAAAAUGAUACACAAUAGGAAAAGCGUUGUAGUUCAAAGUCAUUGGCAGGGCUCUGCUGGUAAGGGACGUCCAAUGCAUGGACGAGCCGAAUUCUUUAGCCGCCCUGGAGGUGGACUGUGGAACAGCCCUACGAGUGUACCUUCAUCUUCCGGAUCUCCUUCUUAUGGUGUGAAACAUGUGACGUCCCCGUCGUCAGUUUACCGGAGAAGACCGAUUGCAAAGCAGGAUUACUAUUCUACAUACCACAGGACGCCAAACCGGAAGAAGCUCUCAAAGGAAGAGUAUGAAGAGUUGACUAUAGAAACGACGAGGGAAGCAAUGGCAGGACUUGCAGCUUCCCCAGGAUUCAGCGAUUGGUUAAUCGAGCAUUCUGACAGAAUCAAGUUGCUUCCUCCCACUGAAAGUUAUGAUGACGAAUUUGGUAGUGAAUCAGAUUCGACCGGUGAACAAUCAUCCUGGACUGGAUUUUUCUGGUAG